CUGUCUUCUCUUCUUGUCGAUAGAGGCGUGCUGUGGUUUAGGUUUGAAGAGUGGGGGGGGGGGGAGGGGAUGGAGAGCAAGUCCUUAAGUUUGGGAUUGGGAAGUGGAAGGUGUGGCUCCUCCAAGAGGGGCAGAAGGAGCAACUCGGAGAAGGCAAAGCGACCCCAAAGAGGACUUGGGGUGGCUCAACUGGAGAAGAUCAGAUUGCAAGGUCAACUGAACCAACAUGUUUCGAUCCACAAUAAUCUCUGCAUGGAGGAAUACGACGACGAUGGAAAAAGAAAUAUUAUCGAUUGCGACGAACAUUGGUUUGAUACAAUCCGGAGAUCACGAUCGAAUGUACCUCUCGUGACGUUACCUCUGAUCGAACAAUUGCUCGAGCAGUCCAUUAAGGACUACUCGACGCAAAAGAAGCAUUCGAUCAUCCACAAGUAUGAUCCAAAUGAGGCCGUAGAAGAACUAGAUUUGGAGCUUAAACUCUCACUCUAAAUGCUUGCAAGACUUUUUUUGGACUUGUUCGUAUUCCUUCCUAUCAAAGUCUUGUUCGGCUUACCGAAAUUAUUUCCAACAAAAAUGGCUUAUUGCACCACAAAUAUGAAUGUAUUAGUCUCACAGAACGAGUGAUGUUGUGGAGAGCACAGAUGCAACGUUGAGUGCCGUAAGUAGGCACGAUGUCUGUGAAGUGGAGGAAGCUUUCUCUGACUCGGUUAAGCGGCAGACAAAGGUGCAGUCAAUCAUUUGCUCCUUCUUUUAAGUUACCUUAUCGAGUGAGGCCAGUAAGUGAGAGGUCAAUUUACGAACAGUAAGAGCCUCGUGAUACACUUGUAGGGUUUUAGGUGGUCUGCAGAUAAUGCACGCACAGUUCGUCUUGUUUGAGUCGUGUCAUCGGUAGGACAGACUACUGGUUAACGUAUAUCUUUAACCUCGAUCACUUACUUGAUCAGCGUUUCA